AAAUGCAUUUGAUAAAAAGAAUUAUAAAUAAAAGCUCCCCACAUAUUUUUAUUAUUAAAAGACUUUCCUCAUCCGAAGUAAGAGUGCGUUUUGCUCCAAGUCCUACUGGUUAUUUACAUUUAGGAGGUCUACGUACAGCAUUGUACAACUAUUUAUAUGCUAAAAAUCAAAAUGGUAAAUUUUUACUGCGUAUAGAAGACACUGAUCAAACACGUUUAGUGCCCGGUGCCAUGGAAGCUUUAAUAGAAGAUUUACAAUGGGCUGGUAUAGAUAUAGAUGAAGGUCCUGGUAAAUUUGGUGGUAAUUAUGGUCCUUAUAUACAAAGUCAAAGGACUAAAAUAUACCUUGAUUCAGUGAAAACCUUAUUGGACAAUGGUACUGCCUAUCGCUGUUUUUGCACUGAACGCCGUUUGGACCUGCUACGCAAAGAAGCUGUUCGAGCUCGUCAAAUACCCAAAUAUGAUAAUAAAUGUCGCCAUCUUACAGAGAAACAAAUCAAUGAACAUUUGGCCAAACAAACUCCCUUUUGUAUACGCUUCAAACUCGACGAUUACGAGGAACCUAUUAACGAUUUAAUUUAUGGCUCUGUUCAUCACAAUGUAAGUGACAAUGAGGGAGAUCCUGUUAUAAUUAAAACUGACCAGUUUCCCACUUAUCAUUUUGCUAAUGUGGUGGAUGAUCAUUUAAUGGCUGUGACACAUGUUUUUCGUGGCGUUGAGUGGCAAAUUUCUACCACAAAGCACUUGUUAUUAUAUAAAGCCUUUGGUUGGCAACCACCUAAAUUUGGUCAUUUACCGCUUUUAGUCAAUGCCGAUGGCACAAAGUUAAGUAAACGUCAGGGUGAUAUUGGUAUUAAACAUUUUAGAGAUAAAGGUUAUUUCCCUACGUCUCUGGUUAAUUACGUGGUCUCAGCUGGUGGUGGCUUUCCCCAUGAACAGUUUAGUAAACCAAAGGUGUAUAGUAUGUCAGAACUUUCAGAAAAGUUUAAUAUUGAAAAAGUAAAUUCUCAUCCUAGCCGAUUAAAUCCCCUAGUAUUGGAUGAUUUCAAUCGUUUGCAUAUCAUUAAAUUAUUAGAAUCGGAGACUUCCAAAACGGCGCUAGUGGAGAAUGUUACAAAUUUAAUCAAGGAAACAUAUCCCAAUGAAUCGAACCUAGAUUUAAAUACCAAUCAUAUAAGAAGUGUUUUGCAAUGGUCAGCUCAGCGUUUAACUUUCGUUAAAGAUUUAACAUCGCCAAAAUUAAGUUUCCUAUGGGUCAAACCUACAAAUUUCAAUCAAAAGGAUUUAACUACAGAUCAACUUGAAACCCUAGUUAAAAUCAUAACAAAGGCUGAGUUUAAUAAGGAUAAUUUGAAUAACGUUUUAAAAGAUUUUAGUAAACAGGAAAAUAUAAAAUUCCCAGUUCUAAUGAAAUGUUUACGAUCAGCUUUAAGUGGUUUAAAAGAAGGACCAGGCGUAGCCGAAAUGAUGGAAAUCUUGGGACAACAAGUAGUAGUACAAAGAUUAAAAGAUGUUUUAGAAAAUGGAACUAAAACAAGUGAAACCAAAAAAGCUGAAAAUGCAGCGUAAUGUUACUUCAUUAGUAAGUUAAUUUGUAAAUAAAACGCUAAAAUUGUAAAGUUUAAAUGUUGAGGCAGUUAUAAUUUAUUGUGUUUAAACUUUAAGCCGUUCACACCAAAAAUAAAAAAAAUAAACAAAAAAAAAAA